GAUCCAUCAUCUCCAUCCGUAGUAAACACGCUGCUGAACACCUGGGUGAUAAAGGACGACAUGAUAACAGCUACUGAGUGAACCCAGCCGCUCCUGUGUUUCUCCAGGAUAUUCCCUUUUCCCAACAAACCACGGCAAUGUCCUUGGAGCAUGGCCUGGCUUCCUCACCAAUCCCAUCAUCCCGCAUCCUUUGAAUCCUAACGCAUCAGCGCUGCAGAUCUACACAUUAUCCCGCUCGGUUUUGCACCCCCUCUUUGCUCUCGUUCUCUGUGUCCUGAUGGAUUGGAAGCGGCCCGAUCCCUCGUUCUGUUGACCCUCAGGGUGAGGGGGUUGAGUGGAGAGGACAGGAUUUCUCCAAAUACACUAGAAGUGUCCUGCCGUUGUUGUCCCGAUUUCCUCUGAUGGAGAGUUAGAAGAACUCUGGGGAGGGAGAGGAGUGGAGGAGCAAACUCAAAACCAAAAAACUCAAGCCAAGAAUCAUCACUAAUAGUGACCUCGUGUUGCUGAAACCUCCUGGACGAGAAGAAGUCAUUUAGAUCAAACUUCGUGGACCCAACACCCUAAGAUUCAAGAUGUCCACCACAGCGACCAUGGGUGAGAUGGCGAAUAGCGCAGUGGAGUUUUACCCCAAGCGGGGUGGAGGAGGUGCAGAAGCCAACCAUGCUGGAGACUUUGGGGUGACGUUGGAGGAGCUCCGGUCCCUGAUGGAGCUGAGAGGAGCCGAGGCCUUGCAGAAAAUUCAGGACAGCUUUGGAGAUGUAGAACGCCUAUGCCAGAGACUCAAGUCUUCCACCAGUGAUGGUGAGAGAAAUGUUUUGCUUUGCUGUCUUGAUUUCUUGACAUGUCAUCUCAUACAUCUCAUUGAUGUCAGAGAGGGAUUGGCAUUACAAGACGUCACCCUCAUCAUCCUAGAGAUUGCAGCCAUCAUCUCCCUCGGCCUGUCCUUCUAUCAGCCACCCGGACACGAGAGCGAGGGUUGUGGAAAUGGGUCAGGAGGAACUGAAGAUGAGGGGGAGGCAGAGGCAGGAUGGAUCGAAGGUGCAGCCAUCCUACUCUCCGUCAUUUGCGUGGUGCUGGUGACGGCUUUCAACGACUGGAGUAAAGAGAAACAGUUCCGGGGACUGCAGAGCCGCAUCGAGCUGGAGCAGCGAUUCGCUGUGGUGCGCAAUGGAAACGUCAUCCAGAUCCCCGUCGCCGAGAUGGUGGUUGGGGACAUGGCCCAGGUCAAAUACGGUGACCUCCUACCUGCUGAUGGGGUCCUGAUUCAGGGAAAUGACCUGAAAAUCGACGAGAGCUCUUUAACUGGUGAAUCAGACCAUGUGCGGAAGUCGGUCGAAAAGGACCCCAUGCUUCUCUCUGGUACCCAUGUGAUGGAGGGAUCAGGCAGGAUGCUGGUGACCGCAGUUGGAGUCAACUCUCAGACUGGCAUCAUAUUCACUCUACUGGGAGCUGGGGAAGGGGAGGAGGAGAAGAAAGAAAAGAAAGAGGACAGUAGUUACUCACUAACAACUAUGGCCAAACCAAGUGGCAUCACCAAUGGCAAGCAGCCAGAGGCAGCUGUGGAGACCAGUCAGAAUAAAGCCAAAAAGCAGGAUGGAGCCGUUGCCAUGGAGAUGCAGCCUCUUAAGAGUGCAGAGGGCGGAGAAGUGGAGGAGAGAGAGAAGAAAAAAGCCAACGUGCCGAAGAAGGAGAAGUCUGUACUGCAGGGCAAACUCACCAAACUUGCUGUACAGAUUGGCAAAGCAGGUCUUGUAAUGUCAGCCAUUACAGUUAUCAUUCUGGUGCUGUACUUUGUGAUCGAGACAUUUGUGGUGGAGGGGCGGAGCUGGUUGCCUGAGUGCACGCCCAUCUACGUGCAGUAUUUUGUCAAAUUCUUUAUCAUCGGUGUGACUGUGCUGGUGGUAGCUGUGCCUGAGGGUCUUCCCCUUGCUGUUACCAUCUCCCUGGCCUAUUCAGUUAAGAAAAUGAUGAAGGACAAUAACCUAGUGCGUCACUUGGAUGCCUGUGAGACAAUGGGCAAUGCCACUGCCAUCUGCUCCGACAAGACCGGCACCCUCACCACCAACCGCAUGACUGUAGUGCAGUCCUACAUCAAUGACCAGCACUUCCGUGAGAUACCGGACCCCAGCCAGAUCCACCAUAACACCCUGGAGAUGAUUGUCAAUGCCAUAUCUAUCAACUGCGCCUAUACCUCCAAGAUCAUGCCACCGGAUGUGGAAGGUGGUCUGCCCAAGCAGGUUGGUAAUAAGACAGAGUGUGGUCUGCUGGGCUUUCUGUUGGACUUGAAGAGAGACUACGCCCCUGUGAGAGAGCAUAUCCCAGAGGAGAAGCUUUACAAAGUCUACACUUUCAACUCUGUACGCAAGUCCAUGAGCACUGUGGUGCAGAUGCCGGAUGGAAGUUUCCGGCUCUACAGCAAAGGAGCUUCUGAGAUCCUUCUGAAAAAGUGUUCCUCGAUACUUGGUGCCAAUGGUGAAACACGAAACUUCAAGCCACGGGACAGAGAUGAGAUGGUGAAGAAAGUGAUCGAGCCCAUGGCAUGUGAAGGCCUGCGAACCAUCUGCAUCGCUUAUCGUGAUCUUCCCUGCAACCCCGAGCCGGACUGGGAUAAUGAAGCUGAAAUUGUCACCGAUCUGACCUGCAUCGCUGUCGUCGGGAUUGAGGACCCCGUUCGACCUGAGGUCCCUGAAGCCAUUUGCAAGUGUCAGAGGGCAGGCAUUACUGUGCGCAUGGUCACCGGCGACAACAUCAACACAGCACGAGCUAUUGCUGCCAAGUGUGGCAUCAUUCAGCCCGGGGAUGACUUUCUGUGCCUGGAGGGUAAAGACUUCAACCGAAGAAUCAGAAAUGAGAAAGGAGAGCAUUGUGUAGGCAUCAUUGACAGCACUGUGCUGGAGCAGAGACAGGUGGUGGCUGUAACUGGUGAUGGGACCAAUGACGGGCCGGCUCUCAAGAAGGCAGAUGUGGGCUUUGCGAUGGGUAUAGCAGGCACUGAUGUAGCUAAAGAAGCCUCGGACAUCAUCCUGACCGAUGAUAACUUCUCCAGCAUUGUGAAGGCUGUCAUGUGGGGGAGAAAUGUGUAUGACAGCAUCUCAAAGUUCCUGCAGUUUCAGCUUACUGUCAAUGUAGUGGCCGUCACGGUAGCUUUCACCGGGGCCUGCAUUACACAGGACUCUCCACUAAAAGCAGUACAGAUGUUGUGGGUUAAUCUGAUCAUGGACACAUUUGCCUCUUUGGCUCUUGCCACUGAGCCACCCACCGAAGCUCUGCUGCUUAGGAAACCCUACGGCCGCAACAACCCUCUCAUCUCGCUCACAAUGAUGAAGAACAUCCUAGGUCACGGAGUCUAUCAGCUCAUCAUCAUCUUCACCCUGCUGUUUGUUGGAGAGAAAAUCUUCAACAUCGACAGCGGCCGUAACGCCCCCUUACACUCCCCCCCAUCUGAACACUACACCAUCAUCUUCAACACCUUUGUCCUGAUGCAGCUCUUCAACGAGAUCAACGCUCGCAAAAUUCACGGCGAAAGGAACGUGUUCGAUGGCAUCUUUGGGAACCCUAUCUUCUGCAGCAUUGUUCUGGGAACAUUUGGAGUGCAGAUUGUGAUUGUGCAGUUUGGGGGCAAGCCCUUCAGCUGUGCCCCUCUCAAUGUGGAGCAAUGGCUGUGGUGCCUCUUUGUGGGAGUUGGAGAAUUGCUGUGGGGUCAGGUGAUAGCCACAGUGCCCACUAGUCACCUGAAGUGUCUGAAGGAGGCAGGCCAUGGGCCAGGGACAGACGAGAUGACGGAGGACGAGCUGGCCGACGAUGAGGAGGAGAUAGACCACGCUGAGAGAGAGCUACGCAGGGGGCAGAUCCUCUGGUUUAGAGGCCUUAACCGUAUCCAGACUCAGAUGGAGGUAGUGAGUACGUUCAAGAGAAGUGGUUCGUUUCAGGGUGCAGUGAGACGUCGAUCCUCAGUGCUCAGCCAGCUCCAUGACGUAACCAAUAUUUCUACCCCCACUCAUGUAGUUCUCUCCACUGCCAAUGCAAGCGCCGCUCCCGGGAGUGAGUUCCCUGCUUUCCAACCCAAUGAUGAAUCGGAGUGGUCGAGGCACAGCCACCACUUGCAUCCGGCUUUCCGAAAGCCCCCUCCUCCUCCGGUCCAGCAUCCGCAGCGUUCCCGCCCACCGCCCCGUCCCUACCGCCAGUACAGCCUCCCCGCCACGCCUAACCGCAACAACAAUGCCAUUGAGAGUGGCGUAUGCCACCUGAACCUCCCCACAGGCCUAGACGGCCAUUGGACAACCCCCUCUCGACAGCUGUACCCCCUCCUCGCCCUGGAGACCUCUCUAUGACUAACUGCGCUCCAAAGGAUAAGACCCUAAGAACUUUGAGGAUGUGGACUUGUGCGGGUCAGGCUGGCUCCUGGGAGGCUCCUACGGACAUGUGGUAGGUGGUUGACCCCCAAUACUAAGGCAGGGUCGUCCCAUUACAAUCAUUCGCCCACUACCACCAUCCACCGAAAGCACUAUCACCCCUCAUGUCUCAACAACAGCCCCACAGACACCUCUCCUCUCACCGUGUGGAGAGGAGGCCAGUCUGUUGCGUGUCUGUGGUUCCUUUGGAUGGACCUGAGAAGGUGAGGAAUCCAGACCCGAUGGAUUUUAGUGGCUCUUUAGUGCUGGUGACUAUUGACUUCUCAGAAUGCAAAGGAAUAUGUUCCCUAUGGGUGGAGUAGGGGUCCAUUCACUUUACUUUUUAUCGGUGUUACUAAACUCAAUAUAAUUAUUAUCAUGUUUGACUUCUUACUAUUGCCACUGUCAUCCCGAGUGCUCGGAUUAUCA